AAGUGAAAUAAGGAUUUCUGUAGGCAUAAUGCGAGAAUUUGACGUUAAAAAUGGGAAUUGGUCGGCGUAUGUUGAUCGUUUACAAAUGUAUUUCAUCGCCAAUAAAAUUCAACAUAAUUUAAAAUUGCCGACACUCAUUGCAUUGAUGGGUGAGGAGGCUUAUGAGUUACUGCUUACAUUAGCAAGCCCAAGAAAACCAUCCACCAUCAGCUAUUCGGAAGCGGUUGAAUUGCUAGACACGCACUUUCGGCAGAAGCCAUGUGUUUUAUCAGAGAGAUUCAAAUUCCGAAAAAGAAGCCAAUUACCUGGUGAAAGUGUAGCAGAGUACGCAGCAGAGUUGAUGAAAUUAAGUAAAAACUGUGAUUUUGAGCCGCAUCUGGAGCAAAAUUUAAGGGAUCAAAUUGUUUUUGGUCUGCGCAGUGAUGGAAUCCGUCUGAAGCUGUUCAAGGCCGGGAACCUAGACUACAAGAAAACUAUUGAGCUAGCGAGUGCUUUAGAAGCAGGUCAACAGAGUACUGAACCAGCAGAGGGCACUACAGGUGAGGAGGCAUCUGGCGUUGCGAGUGGCCCAUCACAAACAAUAAGUCAGCAGAUCAGUGCUGCUGAAAAAUCUAAACAAAAGCCAAAAAAACAAGCUAGUAAAAACCAACGUCAGGGAAAAGUAUGCAAGAUGCGUUUUGCUGGAAACAGUAAUUGCAAAACUCCACUGCAAUUGGCUCAAAGGCGGCGAUCUAGAAGAAUUAGCCAGGCUGCAGAUCACAGAGCUAAAAAGGAACAGAAGUCACCAAACCGUAUACUGGAAAAUCGUAAGAUUCGCCCGCAAGGGAUGAAAGCAAAGAACCGGAAGAAGCCUAGCCAAAGAGUGAAGCCAGCGCAAGUACCAGCUCUUCAGCAGAAGCCAGAUGCAGCCCCAGACGCAUCUUUAAAUUCAGCUUCAGCCCAAGCACCAUCCUCAUUACCAUCGGCUGCACCAAAUCCUGUUGAAGCCUUAAGAUUACCGUUGUAUCCUCUCCCAAUUGUGCCUCGACCAUAUAAUCCAUUUCUCAAAAACAGGAUCUUAAAACAGUUACUCGGUUACAACACCAACAAAAACAAAUGAUCCCAAAGAAAAAAACUGUCAUUAGUCAAAUCACAAUAGCAAAACUUAAGACUCUUAAGACUCGCUCUUUCUCCUUAUGCCUCUUGUGGUUAAACCAGUGAGAAUAGGUAAAACAGCUAUAAUGUGAUUUUACUGUUAAUUAUUAAUACAUAAGUUUGUGAUGUAGUCCUUAAGGUGUCAUGAUUUUUAGAGCGAUACCAAGGAUUUGUAUGCUUUGAGA